UUCCUUUUUCAAUUAUUAAUUUCCUGCGUCAUAAGUAGGCAGAAAAAUUUUAAGGUUAUACAAAAUAUUGCAAUGUUUUUCUGAUAUAAAGUACUUGUCAUAAAUUUGCAGGCAGGUGUAAUGUUUUGCGAUGUAGUCAAUCUAUUUCGUGGAUUAACACCUUCGUCCACUACAUAAGUUCACAAUGUUUGUUUCUUGCACGUAGAGAUGCAGUCGUAGACAUGGCAUUCUCACCUACAGAUAUCAUGAAGGCUGUAUUUCUUGCUGUAAUAUUUCUCGUUUCUGUCUUUGGAAAUGGAGUAGUAUUCUACAUGCUGACAAAAUACCGAAAAGAGCUUCUUAAAAAUCGCCCAACGUAUCAAUUCAUUCUGAACAUAGUGCUUUCUGAUCUUGUUGUUGGCCUCUUCACGAUUCCUUUUGAAUUUACCCGAGAACUUCUGGACGAGUGGAUCUCCGGAAUAGCGCUGUGCAAGGUAAUCGAGUUCAUUGAAAUUGCUGUAUCGGGCACGGCGGUUUGUACUCACGCGUUGAUUGCUUUUGACCGAUAUCGCAGCCUGGCUCAUCCUUAUUUACCGAAGAUGGAAGGAAGACUUGUCAGGCGAAUGAUAGCUUUAUCGUGGGUUGUUCCACCCAUGUUGUCUCUUCCUUAUCUGUACAUGUUUACGGUGCAAGAGAUCAAUUCUAAGAUAAUCUGCACUCCGUUAGCAAUUCCAAUCAAUUGGUUGGACAAGCUAUACGAGGCAGUCGAGUUCCUUGCUGUGUUUUUUAUCCCAUUCCUGGUGUUAUGUUGGUGUUAUUUUCAUGUGACUUUAAUAAUGCAGGGGAGAAGCCCUCUUGUGGUAGCAGCACACGUCCCUAAUACGCCGCUUUCCGUUAUCUGGCAGACCAAGCGGCGUGUAACACGCACCUCUGCUUUGGUUGCAGUAACAUUUAUCGUAUGCUGGCUCCCGACAUUUGUUCUGAGUUUUGUUCGGAUUGUUUCCGGCACAGAAAGCGUUCACCGAGGACAUCUUCUACACGAAAUUGCUAUGUUUGGGGCUUUCAUCAACGAGGCGAUUAAUCCUAUCAUCUAUUGCGCAUUCGAUAGAAAUUUAAAAGCUCGUAUUGGCCUUCGCAUAAUUUGCCCACAUCUUACGGAAAGUGGAGGGUCCAGCCAGAACGCUAAUCAAACAAAUUACACCGCAGAUGAAUACAUACUGAAUCAAGUGGACAUCAGAAAUCUCCAGGAAACUUUGCCAAGUAACACGCCGAAUGACCAUUCAGCAUGGAUGAACACCGCACAAAGCGGGGAAAUGGCAAUAGUCGAAAGGGUACAACCAUGAAAUCUACAGUCGCAAAAUAAUGUUAGUGUUGGUUUGAUAUCAGUUAACAUGGAGGCAAAAAAUACGGCAUAAUCAAUUCAUUAUUCAGUGGCACUGAACGGGAGUUACAAUUUGAUAUCAAUCAUUUAUACGUUUAAUUCUACAUUUAGCGACUAAGAACAAGACUUUGGCAUCUACAAAAAUUUAAUACGUACUUUUUUCAGUUAAGGUUGAAUAUGCUAGAGCUAAUUUGCCUAGUCUUGCAUUUUGAUUUUUUUUCGAAUUUCAUGUAUUUAAUGACUUUAACUUCCUGAACGGCUGAGAAACUAAACCUGUUCUCAGCCUGAUUUCCAUAGAUGGAUUACACAGCCGUCCAAUGAUGAGACAAUUUUUGGAACAAAAAAGAAAAACUAAGUGAAAUCAGUCCACAUAAAAAAAACUAGAGAGUAGUUAACUUGCUUGUCGACUUUCAUUGACAAUACCCGCAGUAUGACAGUAAGGAAAUGCAAAUGAUCUCUUAAAUAGACACGCUGAGAAGAAGGGUAAAUAAAUUUAAUUAAGGGCCCUCAGAGAUACAUAUAGCACGAGUGAUAUAAGAAAACCGUUCUGACUUGUGCAUGUAGCUUUUAGAACCCUGCCUUCGAUGCCAAGGAAACGAUAUUGAUCAUCAUAAAAGUUAUACUGACGAUAAUCCAAAUUUAUGGGACAUAAUUCCAGAAAAGAUGAGACAAUGAAAAUUAACGUCGAAGAACAGCUUAUUCAAAGAACGGAGCCUUAUGUUAAGAGGUAAAGAAACUUUUAAUGCAGUCCUUUCAGAAAUAUAAAUAGUUCCUUUUCAAUCUGUACAUGAAUAGCCGCUCGUUUGCAGGUAGACCGGCACUAAUUUUCCAUGUGCAAUUAAAACCUGAAUGCACCCAUUAUUGCAAUCAGAAUCGAAAGAGGUGAACAAGCAAUAUAACUUCAGCUUAUGCAAAUUCGAGUGAUAUUUUCUGUCACUCUCCAGUAGCAGCGGAUUUAAAUGUAAAAUUGUCAAAACUUUUUGCUUUAGUUGGUUUCACAGCAACAUAAAAUAAAGAAUGUAAGUUACUCAUAUAAACUUAGUCAGGUAUAAAAUCGCUAUUUACUUUCAAAGGUCGUAGU